CUAAGUGCGUUGGUGAACUCCGAAGGCGUAAUCGCAGUUCCCGCCUCCGCCCGGCAACUACGCUGAGACUGGCCCGUACGAGCAGCGGCGCGCCGGCCGCCCGAGUCCAUGGCGUGGAUCUGGAUGCUCUCCGCGGCGGGAGCCAUGCUCAUGCUCCUGUGGGCGAUAUCCAUCGGGCGGAUCCUCUCCUCUCCCGCGUCGUCCUGCGUGCCCCCGAGCCCUCCCUUCCUCCCCCCACUUCGCGGCGGCAGGAGGAGCCGGAACGUGCUGCUGGUCGUCGCCCACCCCGACGACGAGUCCAUGUUCUUCGCUCCAACUAUUCUUUUCCUCAAGGCAAAUGGUCACAGCAUUCACAUUCUGUGCAUUUCUCAGGGUAAUGCUGAUGGUCUUGGAAAUACUCGAAAGGAAGAACUGUACCAUGCCUGCGACACCCUUAAGAUUCCACGUGAACAAGUUAUAGUAUUGGACCACUCGAAAUUGCAGGAUGGAUUUCUUGAGAAAUGGGACCAUGGACUAUUAGCAGAACAUACCUUGGAGCAGGUCCAACUAUGGGACAUUGACACGAUUGUGACCUUUGAUUCCUAUGGAGUAUCAGGCCAUCCAAAUCACCAAGAUGUUCAUCACGGCAUAUGCAAGUUUUUGCAUGAGAACGGGCAAGGAAACAUUGAAGCUUGGGAACUUGCAAGCCUGAACAUUCUUCGCAAGUACAGUGGUCCGGUUGACAUUUGGUUAUCUUCGCUGAUCUCCUCCUCAAGUUCAAAGCGACCAAUCUAUACACUAGUUAACAGUAGUCCGUCCAGAAGCUAUCAAUCAAUGGCUGCACACAAAAGCCAGUGGGUUUGGUAUAGAAGAUUGUUUGUCAUGUUCUCAAGUUAUACGUACAUAAAUAUGCUGCAAAAAGUUUAGUUGGUGUCAUAUCAAAGCAAGUGUUUCGUCAGUCAUACUUGUCCGAUGUUUCUAGUUUUGUAAAUGUAACUAUAAGCAAGAAGCUUCUUCUGAAGAACCACAUUGCUGCCACUGGAGCAGGGAAAAGGAAUUUGGAAACGCAAUUGAGGAGCUACAAGAAUUCAGGAAUCCUGGUGGUUUCAUGUAUGUUAUUAUCUGUAACAAUUGAUUUUGCUGUACACAGUCCAUAGUCAGUGCUCACAGGGUGAUGAUAGGACUCUUGAUCCCCAACCGUGUACUAUUUGCAUGAGUUCUUGGCAUUGAAAUACAAUCAAUCAGUAUUGCAGCAUGACACGCAAUACCUUAACUA